AGAAUGGACGGGCUUCAGAGGAGCAGAUACGGGACCAUGGCUGAAGGCGGGAUAGAACAUAAGCUGUUUGCAACCUCGUCCUCUUUGAGGAUCAUCCUGGUGGGCAAAACAGGCAGCGGGAAAAGUGCCACCGGGAACAGCAUCCUCUGCCAGCCAGUGUUUGAGUCCAGGCUGGGGGCCCAGUCGGUGACCAGGGAGUGUCAGGGCGCAACGGGCACGUGGGAUGGGAGGAGCGUCCUGGUGGUGGACACGCCCCCCAUCUUUGAGGCGACGGCCCAGGACCAAGAGGCCUACGAGAACAUCGGGGACUGCUACCUGCUCUCGGCCCCGGGGCCUCACGUGCUGCUGCUGGUGACCCAGCUGGGGCGCUUCGCAGAGCAGGACGUGGUGGCCGCGACCAGGGUGAAGGAGGUCUUUGGGGCGAGAGCCCUGAGACACACGAUCGUCCUCUUCACCCACAAGGAGGACUUAGCGGACGGAUCCUUGCGUGACUACGUAGCAAACACAGACAACGUGAGGCUGAGGGGCCUGGUCCGGGAGUGCGGGCAGAGGUACUGCGCCUUCAGCAACCGGGCCUCCGGGGACGAGCAGAGGAAGCAGCUGGCCGAGCUGAUGGCCGUGGUCGAGGGGCUGGAGAGGGAGCUCCAGGGCGCCUACCUCAGCAACGACCUCUUCUUUGAUGCACAGCGGCUCCAGCAGGGCGGGGGCGACCCCCAUGGAGAAGGUCUCGUGCGCUACCUGGCCCAGGUGCGGUCGCAUGUUGCGAAGCAAAAGCACGACCUGAAAGAGGCCCAGAGAAACCGGGCCUUCAAGGCUGUCCUCCGAGUCAAAAACUGGAUCAUUUCUCACAUCAGAAUAUUUGCUGUUUUUGUUAUAUGCUUUUUGAGUUUUCUUGCCAUUUUAAUUAGCUUGUGUAGCACUCACGAAUGCUGA